CCCACAUAAAAGAACACCAAAUGUCUUUCCCGAUUCAUUUGCUCUCAUUUUAUUCGAUGUAUUCAGUCUAGGGUUCGCAGCUCCUCCUCUCCUCCUGAGCUUGAUGUAUUGUAGGUCGCAAGGAAGAAGAGAAAUCCUUCGAUCCUUUUGUCACUAGGCCGCCAGUAGUGGAGUCGCUGCCCUAGCUCUGUCCUGUGGCUCAGCAUCGAUGAACUAUCACGUUCGCCAAAUCGCAAAUCCAGCCCCCGCCGCCUGCCACUCUGCCAAUCCUCGAUGCUCAGCGCGUGGUCUCAUCCCUUUGGUGCGCUGCACGCCUUGAUGCCUUCCGCCUGGCCUUAGCCUUCGCUCUUCCGCUUCUUAUCCAAGUCCCUGCGCUUUGUGUUCGGCUCCAUCUCACCUUCUGGGAGUUCUGAAAUUCUGUUGGGAAAGCACAUAUCAAGGGCUGAAGUUGAGGCAUUCUGAAAGAGACAGAAAGACGAUAGACAGUGUAUGGCUGAGGAUGAUGAGAGGCAGGAGCAGCAUAAAGGGGAUCAGCACGUCUCAUAUAGGAGCCUUCACAAUGAUAAGAGUUCGUCGGUUAAUUAACAAAGGCUUGGACAUUAAGAAGAGUUCCUUGGAUGUGCAUAAAAAAUUCAUCAAGCAAUUUUUGGAGGAGCGCUGCAACUGCAUUCAACUAAUCAACGAUCAACCCACAGAAACUGGCAACCCUCAAGGUUUCUUUUUCUUCUUCUUCUUCUUCUUCUUCUUCUUCUUCUUCUUCUUCUUCUUCUUCUUCUUCUUCUUCUUCUUCUUCUCUUCUUCUUCUUCUUCUUCUUCUUCUUCUUCUUCUUCUUCUUCUUCUUCUUCUUCUUCUUCUUCUUCUUCUUCU